AAGCUCACGCAAACGAUCAUCCUGAUUGUGAUGAUGAAGAAAUGAAUCGGUACCACUACCAUAUGGCCUUGAAACUUCAUCGGAGAGGAACAUGGCUUCAAGUUCGAAACUAUUUAGACGAAAAAUAUGGUAUUAAAGUAAAUUUUAGCGAUCAUCAUAAUACUUAUUACAGCAGCUAUAAAUAUGUAACAAAGGAAGACGAGUCUGCUCAACAUUCUGAAACGCAUCCUGAUUUACGAAACGCACCAAGGACCGAAAAGGCCACAAAUGCUAAAAAGAGAAAGGCCGGGGUAGGACGAUCAGGAUCGAAGAAAGGUCAGAGAAAGAGACAAAGAGAGCGUGCAUUAACGGUAUAUGACGUAUCCGAAAUUAUUCGCAAUAAAAACAUGACGAAGAGAGUGGAGCUAGUCUGUCUCGCUGUCCAACAGAAACGAGAAGGCAACACUGCUUUAGCAGAGUUUGUUGCUAACAAAGGAGAAAACGCCAUCAGCGAUGCUUUGGCCAUAGCCAAAGAAUUUGCGGAAGCCGAAAGCAAGCUUGAAAGGUCAAAGAAAACCCGCAUAACUUGCUAA